CAGCGUUGCGCUCAAAGAGAUCGCCGGCGCCCGUCCGUCACCCUUCUUCGUUUUCUGGUUGCCAAACUAGUGAGCUCACCAUCCGGAGAAGCCGCGACCAGGUUCUGAGUCGACACGGCACGCGCUCGCCCUGUUCGUCGCGCGACGCCACGACGCCCACGCGCCAAGCGCAACCAAGCACCACGCGUCCACCGCCACCCCACCAUUUCGGCCCAACACGGCCCCCGCUCUUCCAUCCCGGCGGCUCGAGGCUUCCGGCCGUGGCCUCGGCCCUCUCCUCCCAAACCAUCGCAGAAUCCUAUGCUCUUUCCGAAGAACCCAGAACGCUAGAAUCCUCUGCUCUGCUCUGCUCUGCUCAGCUGCGUGCGUGCACCCGUUACCGCCACCCGGCACGCCGCCGCGCCAUGGCCGCGGCCAUUCUCCGCCGCCUCAGCCCCACCCCCGCUGGCAGCCCGCGCGUGUCCCCGCUACCGCUACCACCCCUCUUCGCCCGCGGGGUCUCCGACUCCACGGACCCGAUCACCGUGGAGACCUCGGUGCCCUUCAAGUCCCACCUCGUGGAGCCUCCCUCCCGCUCCGCCACCACCUCGGCCCGCGAGCUCCUCUCCUUCUUCCGCGACAUGUCCCUCAUGCGCCGCUUCGAGAUCGCGGCGGACUCCCUCUACAAGGCCAAGCUCAUCCGGGGCUUCUGCCACCUCUACGACGGGCAGGAGGCCGUCGCCGUGGGCAUGGAGGCCGCCAUCACCCGCGCCGACGCCAUCAUCACCGCUUACCGCGACCACUGCGCCUACCUCGCCCGCGGCGGGGACCCCGUCUCCGCCUUCGCCGAGCUCAUGGGCCGCCGCGACGGCUGCUCCAGGGGGAAGGGGGGAUCCAUGCACUUCUACAAGCGCGACGCCAACUUCUUCGGAGGGCAUGGCAUCGUCGGUGCGCAGGUGCCGCUCGGCUGCGGCAUCGCCUUCGCGCAGAGGUACAGGAAGGAGGGCACCGUCACCUUCGACCUCUACGGCGACGGCGCCGCCAACCAGGGGCAGCUCUUCGAGGUGCUCAACAUGGCCGCGCUCUGGAAGCUGCCGGUCAUAUUGGUCUGCGAGAACAACCACUAUGGAAUGGGGACUGCAGAGUGGAAGGCAUCCAAGAGCCCAGCUUACUACAAGCGCGGGGACUAUGUGCCUGGGUUGAAGGUUGAUGGAAUGGAUGUUCUUGCAGUGAAGCAGGCUUGCAAAUUUGCCAAAGAUCAUGUCCUCGAAAAUGGACCAAUUAUUCUUGAGAUGGACACCUAUAGAUACCAUGGGCACUCUAUGUCAGAUCCAGGUAGCACCUACCGCACUAGGGAUGAGAUUGCAGGGAUAAGACAGGAGCGUGAUCCAAUCGAAAGGGUUAGGAAGCUCAUGUUGGCCCAUGACUUCGCCACGGCCCAAGAGCUAAAGGACAUGGAAAAGGAGAUAAGGAAGCAAGUUGACGCAGCCAUUGCCAAAGCAAAGGAGAGUCCAAUGCCCGAUCCGUCUGAGCUCUUCACAAACGUUUAUGUCAACGACUGUGGUUGGGAGUCCUUUGGAGUAGACAGGAAGGUGCUGAGGACUGUUCUUCCGUAGGCUGGCGAACAAGAACACAUACACUAAUACGGUGUGUACGAGGAGAGAUACCAGACCAGCGAAUACAGGCGAAGAAUCCUCAGUGUUGCUAUGCGUUUCCUUUCUGGCACGAAAUAAGUUCUUGUGUGCGUGGGUGUAUAGAUUUGCAUCCAAUUGCAGAAUUGCUGGAUUCUGUUUCUGCCGCAGUGGUUUUCCUUAUGGGCCCCUGUUUUUUUUUUUUACUGUUGCCUCUGCACGGUGGGUGAGUUGUAACAAUGUGCAGCUGAAAUUUACUCAGGUUCCCGUGCGAUGUGGAUGUGUUCAUCUCC